GCGAGAAGAAACAUGGAGGACCGAAGUUGUCAUGAAAAUAAAAUUAUUUCCAUUUUUUCGUUUAUUCCGUAAACUCUUCACAAUUUAACGAUGAGUGGGGGCUUAGCGCCAAGCAAGAGCACAGUUUAUGCAUCCAAUCUGCCUUUCUCCUUGACGAAUAACGACAUUCACAAGAUAUUCGAGAAAUACGGACAAGUGGUGAAGGUCACCAUUCUGAAAGACCGUGACAGAAAAAGUAAAGGUGUGGCCUUUGUACUUUACCUGGAUAGGGAUGCAGCUCACAGAGCAGUGAGGGCAUUGAACAAUACACAGAUGUUUGGAAGAAAUCUGAAGUGCAGUAUAGCCAAAGACAAUGGAAGAGCUUCUGAUUUCAUUCGCAGGAGAGAUUAUCCAGACAAAUCCAAAUGCUAUGAGUGUGGGGAGCCUGGGCACCUCAGCUAUAAUUGCCCAAAGAAUCUGCUGGGAGAGAGGGAGCCACCCAAAAAGAAAGAAAAGAAGAAGAAAAGAAAAGCAGAGGACAAUGAAGAAUGGGAUGAGGAGGAGGAUGAAGAUGAUGCUGUCCCUAGCCUUAAAGAAGACAGUUUGUCUGCGGCAAUUAAAUUCCAGCAAGAGAAGAUGGAGGCAGAGUACCAGUACAGGCUGAGUGUUGGGGCCUCUCUGGGGGGCAGUGGGGAGACCAAGAAAAAGAAAUACAAAAAAGAUGCCUACUUCAGUGACGAGGAGGAGCUUAGUGAUUGAUGUGGGAUCAUCUUGAGAGUGAAAAAAUAUUUUAAAAAUUGUUCUUCUUCAAGGAGGAUUAAUUUUAAUGGAGAGUAGGAGCUGAGAGAAAGGGAGAACCCAAAGAAAGUCUAUGAAAGACAGCAAAUAGGGAUUUUUUUCAGUGAGGAAGAGUAGUCCAUUGGCUGACACUGGACCAUCUUUAAACACCGAAGAAAUCUACAGACUUGAUACAGGUCUAUGUCAACGCAAAAUUAGUCGACUUCAUUAUUGAAGGGGACCUCAGCAACUGAAAAAAAUAUCUCCGGUAAAAAGACAGAAACCAAGUGAAUAGAAUGACCAUUUAAGUAAAUCGUAUUCAAAAAGGAGUUCAGUUGUUCAUGGUGGGAAGAAUGGAGCCCAAGGAAAUAGAGGGGAAAAAAUGAAAGAUGCCUGCUAAAAAUUUGUAACCUAUGAAAUACAGACUGAGGGAUUUAUGAUGGAAAAAUAAAAUGCUUUGAAUGCUGGACACACUGCAUUAUGUCCCAGAGACAUAUAGGUGCAAUGUUCUGCCCUCUUUUCCUGUACUUACCCAUCUACAUUAACAGCACUGUGAAGUUGUAGUAAAGUACAGAAUUUUGUCUAGUCUUUGAAGUCUCACACUACACAGUCCAAUUGCCUUCAAGAUCACUUUGAGUACAUUUAUUAUUUAUAUUGACUUAUAUUUACUUUUAAUUAAUGAUGUAAAAUAUCAUGGGUUUUACUAGCUGCUGCUUGUUUGGUCAUAUAACAGUUAUGACAGAGAAAAUAUACUUUUUGAACAGCCUUGAAGUAACCUGAUCUUACAAGAUAUGGGGUGUGGGAAAGGGGCAGAAUUUUUAGUGGUUGACACUACUUCUAUAAAACUUGUCUUUGUCUCUGAAAGUUUACACCAUACACCACAGGUGAUACGUAAAGCAUCAGAAGUGGACUAGUGAGAAUCUAAAAUAAUUUUAUUGAAAUAAAAUUAUUUAAAAAUUCUAA